CUUCAAUGUACAAACUAAAAGAAACACUCCAUCUAUACACUUUAAAACAUGUCAAAAUCUCAAACUUCUCCCCAAAUUCCUCCCAAGGAUCAAGAGGAUGAACUUAGUGAUGAGUGUAAGAAAUUGCUCUCGACUCUACCAAAAGAAAGAGGAUGGAGUGUAUCACAUAUCUACAAUUACCAAGGUUUUUGGGCAAAACCAAGAGUCAUUCAAGGUGUGAUUGCUUGUCAACAACAAUUUCAAGCACAAGAUAGUGAUAUCAUCCUUGUUACAAAUCCUAAAUCAGGAACUACUUGGCUAAAAGCACUUUUAUUUGCUUUAGUGAAUCGAGUGAAAUAUCCGAUUUUUGAACAAAAUCACCCUUUACUUAUUAAGAACCCUCAUGAUCUUGUUCCAUUCUUGGAACUCACACUCUAUGUUGAUGGACAAGUCCCUGAUUUCUCAUCCUUCACCACACCUAGACUCUUGUCAACUCAUUUACCCUUUGCUUCAUUGCCAAAAUCUAUCCAAGAUUCAAAUACCAAACUUGUUUAUUUAUGUAGGAAUUCCAGAGAUACUUUUAUUUCUACGUGGCAUUUUAUAAACAAUUUAAAUCUAGAACACAAAAAUACCAAUUCCAUUGGAAGAGCAUUUGAUCUUUUUUGCAAUGGUAUUAGCCCUUAUGGUCCAUUUUGGAAUCACGUGUUAGAUUAUUGGAAAGCAAGUAUAGAAAAACCAAAUAAAGUAAUUUUCUUGAUGUACGAAGAAAUUAAAGAGCAACCAAAAAUUCAGAUUAAACGUCUGGCUGAAUUCUUGGAAUGUCCAUUUUCCGAAAAGGAAGAAAAUUGUGGAGUGGUAGAUGAAAUAUUAAGAAUGUGUAGCUUUGAAAAUUUGAGCAAUUUGGAGGUGAACAUAAAUGGAAAAUUAUCAUCUGGACAUGAAAAUAAAGUGUUUUUUCGUAAAGGAAAAGUUGGAGAUUGGAAGAAUUACUUCACUACAGAGAUGAAAGAGAAACUCAAUCAUAUUAAUGAACAAAAGUUUGAAGGAUCUGGAUUAAAGUUUCAUUAUAUUUGAUUGAGCAUUAUUAUAUUUGUUUUGCCAAUUAUAUGUAAUAUCUAAUUGUUGUCGCUCUAUGUUUAAAAUUGAGACGUUUAUCACAUUAAUAUUGUAAAAUUGUGAUAGCUUGUUGUUUGAGAAAAUAAAAGAAUGCACAAGUUGUUUUGACA